CCUCAGAAGCUUUACGGAACUCAUAGCGAGCGGAGGCGAAUUUCAGAGCUGCGAGAAUGAUUUUGAUUACUUUGACCCUCGGCCUGUUGGCAGCUGGUCUGGUGUAUGUACUCAUGACAUGGAACUUUAACCACUGGCGAAAGCGGCGGGUGCCGGGACCCAAGCCCAAAAUAUUCACUGGCAACUACCCCAAUAUGUACACCAUGAAGCGUCAUUUGAUCUACGAUUUAAACGAAAUAUAUGGAAAAUAUAAAAACAAAUACGACGCAGUUGGCAUUUUUGGUGGGCGUUCUCCCCAGCUGCUGGUGAUCAGUCCGGACUUGGCGCGUCGCGUCUUUGUGUCCGACUUCAAGAGCUUCCACGACAACGAGAUAUCGAAGAGCAUUGAUGAGAAAACCGACUUCAUUUUCGCCAACAACCCAUUCUCCUUGACUGGCGAGAAGUGGAAAAAUCGGAGGGCUGAUGUCACCCCCGGCCUAACCGCGGGACGGAUCAAAACCGUCUAUCCGGUGACGAACAAGGUGUGCCAGAAGCUGAGCGAGUGGGUGGAAAAACAAAUACGACUGGGUGCUCCGGAAGGUAUCAAUGCCAAGCACAUGAGUCUCUGCUUCACCUCAGAAACAGUCACCGACUGCGUUUUGGGUCUAAGCGCCGAGAGCUUCUCGGAGAAGCCCUCGCCUAUUAUGAAAUACAUCAACGACCUCUUCAACCAGCCCUGGACCUUCAUGCUCUUCUUUAUACUGACCAGCACCUUUCCGAUUCUAAGUAAGGUGAUCAAGCUACGCUUUGUACCGGCGCACGUGGAGAAAUUCUUCGUUGGUGUCAUGGGCACUGCAAUAGAGGCACGCCGUGCUCAACUGGCGAAUGGAAAGCAGUUUGAACGGACGGACUUCCUGGACUACAUUCUGCAGUUGGCGGAGAAACGUUCGUUGGACACGCGCAAUCUGUUGGCCCACACCAUGACCUUCCUGCUUGACGGAUUUGAGACGACGGCCACGGUUCUCGCUCACAUGUUGAUGCUGCUGGGACGCGACCAGGAGGUGCAGCAGCGUCUGCGCGAGGAGAUCCAGGAUCACCUGAAGAAUGGCAUUAUCGAAUUCGACAAGCUCAAUGAUUUGCCCUACUUGGAUGCCUGCAUACAGGAAACAAUCCGCCUCUUCCCGCCCGCCUUCAUGUCGAACAAGCUCUGCACUGAGGACAUCGAGUUGCCCAAUAAGGAUGGACCCAACUUCUUGGUGGAGAAGGGCACCGUGGUGGUUGUGCCCCACUAUUCAUACAUGACGGAUUCCGACUUCUUCCCCGAUCCCCAGGCCUUCCAGCCGGACCGCUUCAUUGAGCCAGAUGCGGCCAAGAAGUUCCGCGAGCGUGGUGUCUUCAUGGGAUUCGGAGAUGGUCCCCGGGUUUGCAUUGGAAUGCGGUUUGCCACAACACAGAUUAAGGCAGCGGCUGUGGAACUCAUCACAAAGUUCAACAUCAAGGUUAAUCCCAAGACCCGCAAAGACAACGAAUUUGAGCCCACCGGAAUAAUCACAGGCAUACGCGGCGGCAUAUGGUUGGAUCUCCAAAAGCUCCAGUAAUUCAAUCAAGCGACCACUACCCCCUAAUGCGACCCAGUUAAUGGUACUAUAUAUACUGACCUGUCGUUGUGAUUGUUUUUGUGUUUUAGAAAUACUCGCAAUUUGUUUAACUUUAUUAAAUAAACUAUGUUUAACAAUUGAA